UGCCACAUUGCUGACUACAAAGUCUUUCCCGCGUGCUUCUGCCAAGAUUCUCCUUAAACACUUCCCCUCUCACCUGAUAACUUCAGUAGUGCUCGGGACUCCCAGCUGUCCACACCUCAGCUCUCUCGCUGACUUUGUGGUCCGCUUCUCUCCUUCGGUUCCCAGCUCCUUGGAGUGUCGGACACGAUGCUGCGCUGUGGCCUGGACUGUGAGCGAUGCCGGUGGAUCCUACCCUUGCUUAUGGUCUGCGCCAUCACCUUCGAUAUCAUAGCUCUGACUGGACGCGGCUGGCUGGAGUCGGGGAACAAAUCCCAGACAUCGUCCCUGUGGUGGAAAUGCCCCGACGAGGUUGGCCCCAGCGGCACUGGCUCCUUUGACGAAGGCUGUGAGACCCUUAUGCACUAUGCCUGGGGAAGAGCAGCGGCUGCCAUGCUCAUGUGUGGCUGCAUCCUCCUGGUGAUUUGUUUCAUCCUCUCCUUUUUUGCUCUCUGUGGACCGCAAAUGCUUGUUUUCCUGCGAGUGAUUGGAGGCCUCCUGGCCCUUGCUGCUGUGUUUCAGAUCAUCUCUCUGGUUAUUUAUCCAGUGAUGUACACCCGGCAAUUCCUUCAAGGUCUUAUUGAUACCAGGUAUAUUUACAACUGGGCUUAUGGCUUUGGCUGGGCAGCUACCAUCAUCAUGAUAGGCUGUGCCUUCUUCUUCUGCUGCCUCCCCAACUAUGAAGAUGAUCUCCUGGGCAAUGCUAAACCCAGGUAUUUCUACACUUCAGCCUAAGAGCUGAGAAUAAAAGCAGAAGAAUAUCAUUACUACUUUGACAACUGGAUUCCAGAGACAGAAAGACACUAAUUUCUUCCCAUACCAUACCGAACUCAUAUGUCUACAGUAAUAUGCAAAGGAUUCAGCUGUUUUUGAGCAAGUUUUUUAAAUGCCAUAAAAAUUUGAGAUGACCUUAAAUACCUUAAGUGGUUUUAUAUUUUUAUAUUCAUGUUUCAAGGGAAUUAUUGUAUUAAAUAUGACUUGUUCCUUUUAAUUCAUUGCUGAAAAUAUGCCAAAGUUCCCCCCAAAAUCUGCCUUUUAAAUUAGUAUGUAGUUUGUAAAAAACAUUAUAAACCUAAAGUAAUUAUUGCUUUAGACAGUCAGGUCAAAUUUCUAUUUGUCUUUAUUUAAUGGACUGGGUUUCCUAUGAUGGACCAAAGGAGAAAGAGAAAAUAUUUUUAAAGUCAGCUGAAUAUUUUAUAGUAUGCAAUGUAUUUUUUUCCAGUUCACCUUUUUUGUCUCUUUAAAAAGCAUGGUGAUAACCUGCAUCCCUAACAUUAUUCAUGAUUUCUUAUUAACCUUACAAAUCCAUGAGUUUUUAUUAAAUUCAACAUUUUGUUGAAAAUAUCAUUUAGGGAAAUAAAACAAAAGAAGAUCAAUGUUGUUCUUCCCAAUGGGCUGACUGCCUAUUGGAGUUGGAACCCUCAUUUUGGAGUAAAGUGUUAAGAUGAGGUUUUUUUUUUCUUUAAAGUAGUACUUUGGGUUGGGCUAAGGUAAAAGCACUAUGCUCAUUGGUCUGUAUUAUUUCUUUGUUUAUAUGACUCUGGCCAGAUUAGACCAGAUUGGAAAAAUGGGGGUUAUUUUAACUUGUGCAGCAUAUGUCAUGCACACAACAAUUUUUCAGUUCCAGUCUGAUUUGGCUGCAUUCUUAUUGCUAUGGCCUAAAAUAGUCUAAAGAUUGUACCUUAAAGCCUUAAAUGCAGCAAAAAGUCUGGUGGUCCUUGGUAAUUAAUGUACAGGUUAAAAUUUUUAAGUAAAAAAAAUAUAAUGCACUGAAUAGAAGAGUAGUAAGAAAUGCUGUUUCUAUAAAUGACCAUACCAUGAUAUAUUUGUUUUUUUUUUUUUUACCAUUUAUAUUAGCCAACAGAUUGGAAGUCAAAACUGAAUUUAUUUAUCAAAUUAUCCUUUUGUAUAUUGCAGAAUAAGCAAAUGCAAAUGUUUUCAUUAUGAACUCUUUCUAAUAAACCAGGUCACCUGUUACUUGUUUCUAGUA